AUGGACGACCUCGGCAACCAUACACAGCUACGGCCUUACUAUGACCCCGAAACAUUCAAUGCUGGAUACACCGCGGUGUUCAAGCCGGACCGUGGGGUCGUGGACGCAUGCGGGCAGACAAUCGCGUCCAAGCUGAAUACCGUCGCCCAACAGGGCGUCAAAAAAUUUGGCAGGAAGAUAGGCGGCCAGGGGCGGAUGCUAAGCGAGCUCACGACCGGGCUCAAGGCGCGGUUUGAUGGGGAGCCGCGGCUGGAGGGUCUUGAUGGCCGCGUUGCGAAGGGGUUCGGGCAGCUGGAGUGGAACGAUCUGCUCAACUACCGCAUGUGGCAGGGUCUGCUGCAGCGGCUGCUGCAGGAUUUCCUCAGGAAGUACUGCCAGCACCUCAUCCAGCUGCCGUUCGACACUGCGCGGCUGCUGCUGCAGGUCGGGGACUUUGGCGGGGUUGAGAGCGCGCAGCAGCGGCAGGACAAGGCUGCGGGCGGCGACGAGGACAGCGGCGACGAGGACGUGGACUACUUUCCCAGCAUCAGCUCGCAGAUCAACGACAGCGAGCGGUGGCGCGGGCACACAGACGACCCCGAUGCAACCAAAACGCACGUCGUGCAGCCCACGGGACUGCACACGAUGGACGUGCUCAACGCCGUGAUGGACAAGGAGGGGACGCGCGGCGUGUGGCGCGCCAACAACACGAUCUUCAUAUACAACUUCCUGUCGGAGUCGCUCGACGCCUGGUUCACGGGCCUCCUCUCGCCGUUCCUGCAGAUCCCGGACCCGUACUUCAUCGACAUCAUCAACUCGCCCGACGUGCAGAAGUCCGUCGCGCUGACCUUCGCCGCGGCCAUCUUCACCGGUUUGGUCCUGCUGCCACUCGACGUCAUCAAGACGCGGCUGGUGGUCGGCGCCGUCGCCAGCACGCACGAGCGCUCCCUGCGCAGGCUCGUCAAGCGUUGGUCCUGGAGGGAGUACAUCCACUCCCUGCCUGGCGAGCUCGUCGUACUCAACGUGCUCAACUCGCUGCUGUCCAAGGCGUUCCGCGUCUUCACCAGCAUCGGGCUGCACCGGCAGUACAACAUCGACCGCUUCUCUAGCCGUUACGCCUUCCACACGCUUGAGUUCCUCUCCGACUCCCUCCAGCUCUUCUUCAAGCUGCCCGUCGAGGCGCUGCUCAAGCGCGCAGAGCUACACUACAUCCUCGAGCCCGCCUCGCCCUUCCACCUCCCCGCCUCCGAGCUCAUCGUGCGGCCCCGUGCCUACCACAACGUCUUCGUCACGCUGCGCGACUACCACCGCCUUCCAGAGCUGUGGCGCGGCUGGCGCAUCGGCCUCACCGGCGUCGUCUGCAGCCACGGUCUGCGCCUCAUGGAGGCCCAGCAGACCGUCCUGGAAGAGGAGGAAAAGUUCUGA